CAUUAACUUUUUGUCGUUGACAAAAUUGGGUAGUUCGAGACAGUUUCGAAUUGUGGAUGGAAGACAGCAGGGCACAGGGCACAGGAUAGUCUUUGGGGAUCCAGCAGCUCUUUGGGCAAAACCAGGUUCGCUAUGGCAUCAGCGAAAGAUCAGGACGUCGGGACUGAUGAAGCGAAAGUCGAAAUGUCUCCAUGCAUCCCUGGACAAACCAAAACCACCACCGCGAGAACUUUGACCCAGCAGGAGUUGGAGAAACUCUCAAGUGACCGAAUUCUGGUGUCCGACUUUAAGCAGAUGAAGUUGGAAAAGGACGCACAGAAAAACUGGGAUCUGUUCUAUAAAAGAAACGCCACGAAUUUCUUCAAGGACAGACACUGGACAACUAGGGAGUUUGAGGAGCUCAAGGCAUGCCGAGAGUUCGAGUCCCAGAGGCUGGUGUUGCUGGAGGCUGGCUGUGGGGUAGGAAACUGUAUCUUCCCUCUCCUGGAGGAGGACCUCAACAUCUUUGUUUACGCCUGUGACUUCUCACCCCGAGCUGUGGACUUUGUCAAACAAAACCCUCUAUACUGCCCUGAGCGCUGCAGUGCCUUCCAGUGUGACCUGACCAGAGAUGACUUGAAGGAAAACAUUGUGGAGGGCAGCGUGGAUGUUGUCACGCUAAUCUUCGUCCUGUCAGCCAUCCACCCUGACAAGAUGAGUCAGGUCCUGGAGAACAUUUUCAGGGUGCUGAAGCCAGGAGGCAUCAUCCUGUUCAGAGACUAUGGUCUGUAUGACCAUGCCAUGGUCCGAUUUAAACUUGGCAGCAAACUGGGGGAAAACUUCUAUGUUCGUCAAGAUGGUACCAGGUCAUACUUCUUCUCCAAAGACCCGACCCACCAACCCCUGACCCAGCAAGAGUGUACCACCCCCCUGGAACUGCGAAACAUCUCCCCCAACUAUGUACAACUAACAUGUACACCCCCCGGUGAACCCGAACACACUACAAUAUCAUAAGACCAUGACAGGCUAAUGAUAAACAAAAAAAUUCCCAAAAUAAAUUGUUUGUAUUGUCUUAUGCAUGGUAAAAAAAAAUCUCUGUAGAUUUUAUGGUGACAAACUGUCAAACCAUGACAUGACCGUGAACUAACUAGGUCGAAUACAGUUUCUGUCUUGGUCAGACACCGUAAAUAUAUAAAUCAGCCAAAACAAUAAUUUUUACAUCAUUUUUCUGGAAAAAAAACAAAAAACAUUACUCCACCGUUAAAUAGUCUUGCAUUGUUUUUAUAACAGAAAUACACCGUAACAAAUAGUAGAAAAAGUUCUACCGUAGUUAUUAUUGGUAAAGUUCUGGCAACCACAGCUGCCAGUUUUUUUACCCUACACUUUUUACAGUGUAAGAAUGAUCACUUACAUCUGUUGUGUUAUAUGGGUCGAAAUUAACCGCAUAUACUGUCCUAUGAAAAGGAUGAGAAAAGUCCAUUUAAUCUCCAAAAACAACACUUUGUUUUGGACAAGGCUUAUAAACAAGAGUCAUCUCCGCCAAAGUCUGCACACACACGCGCGCGCGUGUGUGUGUGUGUGUAUGUGUGCAGGAUCAUAUUUGCUGCAUGCCACUGUACAAUUGAAUUCAAGUUAAUACGGUUUCUUGGCAUGAAACAAUUUUAAUAUUGUUACAGUUUUAUUAUACUAUCAUAGGAUUUUAUUAAUAUUAUUUUUAUUUUGUUGUAUUUAUUUUUUAUGAUGGUUUGGCAACAUUUACUAUGUAUUUCUCUGCAUAAACAACCCAUAAUUACUACCAGGUCAAAUUUGACCCAUAACACCACAGAUGUAACUUUUUAUAGGCAUAAAAAAAAGAAAAACGAUCAAAAUGUGUUUUAUUGUGUUAAGUAGGCCAUUGUUGAGGAUGCAAUGAAGCCUUGUUUCACAUCUAAACUUGAAAACGGGUCAAAUUUGACCUGCUUAUGGCAUGAAACAGGCUUGUACUGUCUCAUAAAGAAUUUACUUGACUCACUAUCGAUAGACAGAUAGAUAGAUAGAUAGAUAGAUAGAUAGAUAGAUAGAUAGAUAGAUAGAUAGAUAGAUAGAUAGAUAGAUAGAUAGAUAGAUAGAUAGAUAGAUAGAUAGAUAGAUUUUUUGGUGAUGACAGUCUUCCUUAGUUACUAUCUUCUAUUUUAACUCAUUCAUAUUUACUUGUGUGGUUCGUAAACAUAUAGCUUUCACUGUGACAACUGUGCAGAUUUAUUGAUGAUCGAUAAUACUCUGAGACGGAGCUGGCCUCCGGUCCAUUUGCUCACAGGGAAACAGAUAAACGUGGUUGCUGGAGGGUCUUUAGGAAACAAAGAGGACUAAAAAUGGAAACAAGGCUCGUACGUAGUAUAUUAACCAUAAUGACUCAAGGAGAUGAUGAAACCGGAGAAUAACCAAGCACAAACAGAUGGAUUAGAUCCCACUGCCCUGUAUGCCCUUCAACACCACUAUAUGCUGCUAUUACAGUAACCAUCUAACAAUCAUCGGGCCUUAUUCCAGUUAGCAUUCACG